AUGUGAGAGAUUCUUGCUUGAGUCGGUCGAGUUUUUGUCGCAUUACCCAUUUUUGAUGUGCCCUUCUAUCUGUUACCUCUUUACUCUUCCCUCUGGAGAGUUGAGGAGCUAUCUUCGAGCGAACACCUCAAUAAACUCCUAUAUUUCAAUCUACACUCUAAUUUAGUAAUUUGAUCCUUAACACGAUUGUCUUACCUUGUUGGAUAUGGGUUUAUGGGAUUCUUUCCUCAACUGGCUUCGAAGCUUAUUCUUCAAACAGGAAAUGGAACUCUCUCUUGUAGGCCUUCAAAAUGCAGGGAAGACCUCACUUGUUAAUGUUAUUGCUACAGGAGGCUACAGCGAGGAUAUGAUUCCAACCGUGGGUUUUAAUAUGCGUAAAGUAACGAAAGGGAAUGUGACCAUAAAGCUGUGGGAUUUGGGAGGCCAACGUCGAUUUCGUUCUAUGUGGGAGCGUUAUUGCCGUGGUGUCUCAGCCAUUUUAUAUGUUGUUGAUGCUGCUGAUAGGGACAGCAUACCAAUCUCUCGAAGUGAGUUGCACGAGCUUUUGAAGAAGCCUUCGUUAGAAGGGAUUCCUUUACUUGUCCUUGGCAACAAGAUCGACAAAUCGGAAGCUCUUACGAAGCAAGCACUCGUUGAUCAGCUAGAUUUAAACUCAAUCACUGGUCGGGAAGUAUGCUGUUACAUGAUAUCCUGUAAGGAAUCUGUUAACAUCGAUGUUGUCAUUGAUUGGCUCAUCAAACACUCGAAAACGGCAAAAUGAUGGAGCUUUGUGCGAACUUACUCUGUAGCUGUCGUUUGUUUUAUUUUAUUUUUAAUGUUAUUUUCUGCAUUUACCAGCCAUUAUGAUUGUAGUGUAUGAUUUAUACGUAUUUUCCUUUGAAUGCGAUGUCUCGUUUGUAUAGCUUUUGACAGAACAUAUAAGUUACUUGUGAUUUGAAGUUUCCUGGAUUCUGGACAAUGAAUAUUAUAGGACAGCAAAAGAAUAUGUUAAUGGAAAUACAGUCACUUGUGAUGCUGUAAAUGUCAAUGUAUGUCCAGAAAUGAUUAAAAAAUAAUUGGGAAUUAAGGCCACUUAAGAUAAAAUUGUCUUUAGCAUUGUUAGGC